AUGGAGGCGAACGCGGCGAAGCGGAAGGAGCCGCGCAAGGCGCUGCGGGUUAAAGUCAUCUCCAUGGGCAACGCCGAGGUGGGCAAGAGCUGCAUCAUCAAGCGCUACUGCGAGAAAAGAUUCGUGCCCAAGUACCUGGCGACCAUCGGGAUCGACUACGGGGUCACCAAGGUGCAGAUCCGGGAUCGGGAGAUCAAGGUGAACAUCUUCGACAUGGCCGGGCACCCCUUCUUCUACGAGGUGGACGCGGGGAAGCAGCGCGUGGUGGACGAGAGCGAGGGGCGGCUCUGGGCCGAGAGCCGCGGGUUCCUCUACUGGGAGACCUCGGCCCAGAGCGGGGAGGGCAUCCAGGAGAUGUUCCAGCUCCUCCCAUCAUCCCAAGGGGAUGAGGUGAACCGCGCCUACCGGCGCCUGGCCGUGUCCCGGGGGGAUGAGGUGAACCGCGUCUACCGGCGCCUGGCCGUGUCCUGGGGGGAGGAGGUGAACCGCGCCUACCGGCGCCUGGCCGUGUCCCGGGGGUUGGGAAUUCCCGGAAUUCCAGCUAAUCCCGGUUUUUUUGGGAACAGGGAUGAGGUGAACCGCGCCUACCGGCGCCUGGCCGUGCUGCUGCACCCGGACAAGGAGGAGGUGAACCGCGCCUACCGGCGCCUGGCCGUGUCCCAAGGGGAGGAGGUGAACCGCGCCUACCGGCGCCUGGCCGUGUCCCGGGGGGAUGAGGUGAACCGCGCCUACCGGCGCCUGGCCGUGCUGCUGCACCCGGACAAGUGCCUGGCCCCGGGCANUAAUCCCGGUUUUUUUGGGAACAGGGAUGAGGUGAACCGCGCCUACCGGCGCCUGGCCGUGCUGCUGCACCCGGACAAGUGCCUGGCCCCGGGCAGCGAGGACGCCUUCAAGGCCCUGGGCAACGCCCGCUCCGCCCUCCUCAAAAACAUCAAAUGA